CUGUGCACCAUCAUCGCCGCCCCCGUCUCGCCGCAGAUCCUGACCUUUUUCCACUCCAACAACCUUCUCUACCGCACCCUGCUCGUCACCAUCUGGGAACUCGGCGAGAUCUUCGCCCCGCUCGUCUGGGGCCCGCUGUCGGAAAUCUACGGUCGACGCUGGAUCCUCCACGGGGCAAACCUUCUCUUCAUCGGCUGCCUCGCCGGCACAGCUUGGAGCACCAACAUCCAGUUGCUGAUUGCCUUUCGCUUCCUCAGCGGACUCGCCACAGCAUGCAUCCCACUCGGGCCAGGCAUCGUGAAGGACCUGUUCGCCAAAGACCAGCGCGGCCGCGCCAUGUCCCUCAUGUCGUUGACCAGCGUCGUCGGCCCCGUGGUCGGACCUAUUGUAGGCUCGUAUCUCGGCGAGCAGGCCGGCUGGCGCUGGGUGUUCUGGCUGCCGACUCUCCUGUCUGCAUUUCUGGGGGUGUUACUGCUGCUGGUCUAUCGAGAGACCUAUAAGGUGACUAUCUUAUGCCACCGCGCCUCGCCAUCUGCUGCCAACCACUACCCCAGUAAACCGAACAUCGCUGGAAGCCUCCUCAGACCCAUAACCCUCCUCUACCGCUCUCCAGCUCUGCUCGUCCCUACCCUCCACCUCAGCCUCAUCUACGGCCUUACUUACCUCGUCAUGACAACCAUCGCCCCUGUCUUCCAAGACGUGUACCGCUUCUCCGAAGGCGCCUCCGGCUUGGCCUUCUUGGGGUUGUGUCUGGGGUUUACCCUGGGGGCCGUCAUUUGCAGUCUCCUGCUGGACCGAUUCAUCUCCCCUGCACCCACCAGCACUGCCACCAGCACAGCAACCACAACUCCCACCAAUCCAACCACGACGCCUCCACCCCCCAGCAACAGCGGGUCCGCAGAACCAGAAAAACGGCUCCCACCCCUCCUCCCCGCCUGCCUCCUCACCGCCGCAGGACUGGUGCUCUUUGGAUGGACAGUGCAAUACCGCAUCCACUUCCUCGUGCCCAUCCUCGGCACCGCGAUGGUCGGGCUGGGCCUGGCGGCGACCUCCAUCACGGUGCAGACGUACGUGGUGGACUCGUUUGGCGUCUGCGCGGUGAGUGCGAUUAGUGCGGUGAUGGUGGUCAGGAAUGUCGCGGCGGUGGUGGUGCCGUUGGCAGGGCCGGGGUUGUUUGGCCGGUUGGGAUAUGGGUGGGGUGGGACGGUGUUGGGGGGUGUGGUGCUAGUGAUUUUGCCUGUGCCCGUGGUGGUUAUGAGGUUUGGGGGAAGGUGGAGGGGGAGGAGUAAGGGUUGUGGUGGUGGUCGUGGUGAUGAGGAUAGGGGAUAG